GGCCGCCGAGCAUCCGGGCUCCUGGCGGCGGCGCUGCGGAGGCUCGCGGGAGACGCGGCGCGCAGGGCGAGCGGGCGGCCGAGCGGACAGCGGCGGGGCGCUCCCGGGGGGCCGGCGGGGCCGAGCGCCGCGCGUCCCGAGCAUGGCGGGCUCCCUGCCUCCCUGCGUGGUGGACUGUGGCACCGGGUAUACCAAGCUUGGCUACGCAGGCAACACUGAGCCCCAGUUCAUUAUUCCUUCAUGUAUUGCCAUCAGAGAGUCGGCAAAGGUAGUUGACCAAGCCCAAAGGAGAGUGUUGAGGGGAGUUGAUGACCUUGACUUUUUCAUAGGAGAUGAAGCCAUCGAUAAACCUACGUAUGCUACAAAGUGGCCAAUACGACAUGGAAUCAUUGAAGACUGGGAUCUUAUGGAAAGGUUCAUGGAGCAAGUGGUUUUUAAAUAUCUUCGAGCUGAACCUGAGGACCAUUAUUUUUUAAUGACAGAGCCUCCACUCAAUACACCGGAAAACAGAGAGUAUCUUGCAGAAAUUAUGUUUGAAUCGUUUAACGUACCAGGACUCUACAUUGCAGUUCAGGCAGUGCUGGCCUUGGCGGCAUCUUGGACAUCUCGACAAGUGGGCGAACGUACGUUAACGGGGAUAGUCAUUGACAGCGGAGAUGGAGUCACCCAUGUUAUCCCAGUGGCAGAAGGUUAUGUUAUUGGAAGCUGCAUCAAACACAUCCCGAUUGCAGGUAGAGAUAUUACGUAUUUCAUUCAACAGCUGCUAAGGGAGAGGGAGGUGGGAAUCCCUCCUGAGCAGUCACUGGAGACAGCAAAAGCCAUUAAGGAGAAAUACUGUUACAUUUGCCCUGAUAUAGUCAAGGAAUUUGCCAAGUAUGAUGUGGAUCCCCGGAAGUGGAUCAAACAGUACACGGGUAUCAACGCAAUCAACCAGAAGAAGUUUGUUAUAGACGUUGGUUAUGAAAGGUUCCUGGGACCUGAAAUAUUCUUUCACCCGGAGUUUGCCAACCCAGACUUUAUGGAAUCCAUCUCAGAUGUUGUUGAUGAAGUCAUACAGAACUGCCCCAUUGAUGUGCGGCGUCCGCUGUAUAAGGGUGACAGAGGACAACAGUGAUUAUUCAUCAUGCCGAUCCUGGGACAGGAGGUUGGCUUGAAAACUAGACUGAAAAUGGGUCAAGAAGGCAGGUGCCCAGUGACCUCGUGGUCUCCCUGUGGCGAGGGGCGUCAGGGUUGCCUCUCGAGAAAUGGAUGUGACGUCGGUUUCCUCGGUUGGCCACGCCCACGGAGUUUUAAGAAAGCAAAGUGUGUGGCAGUGAAACCCCCAGAUGAGGACAGACUGCAGAGUUCCCGGGGCAGAAAACCAUUGCCAGGUAUUUUAUUCAGUGUGUUCAUGAUCAGGUCGUCUCCGUAAGGCAUGGGUACCCCUUAGAGUGUCUGCAGUGUUCAGGGCUGUUCCCUGUGAGUAGAAGUGUGGGGUAGACACCAAGGAAUGGGGCGCAGUGUGGGCUCCGGGGGAUCUCUCACCACUGCAGAGAGUCCUGGAAGGGUGGCCUCAGGACCACCCCAGCUCCUGGCCCUGAAGGCCAAGCCCAGAUCCUCCCUUAACAAUAUAUUAGCCUUGACCUUCUCGAAGCUGAGAACAAAAUAUUGUGGCACAGUUUUAUGAGAUCACAGUUUUGUGAGGCUCUGUCCCUGGCCAAGCCACUGUAGAAGCUUUAGCCCAGGGGUGUCCAGCCUUUUGGCGUCCCUGGGCCACAUCAGAAGAAGAAGAAACUCUUGGGCCACACAUAGAAUACACUAACACUAAUAGCUGACGAGUGAAGAAAAAGGUCCUGUGCAUCACGUUUUUGGUAUUUGCCACCACGGAUGAGCAAAACCAUUGUUGCAUUGAAAGGGCUGGACAUGGCUCCUUCAGCUCCUGACAGCCUUUCACCUUAGCGACUGGAGCAGCUACAGCAUGUUAGGUGAUUUGUCAAACAUCUGCUGCUGGCAGGUAACCGGAGGUGAAAUUUCUCUCUGCAGACACUCAGGGUGGAAUUGGAGCAGAAUCCAGGUGGAAGACGAGGUCACUGGUGGCUUCUUCAGGUAGAAGGCCAUAUCCCUCGUGGCUUCUCCAGGUGGAGGACCAGGUCACUGGUGGCACUCCCAGGUGGAAGGCCAGAUCACUGGUGGCUUCCCAUGGCUUCUGCCCCCUUUCAUUCUUCCUGCUCUGACUUCACUCUCUAAUUCUGAGUCCACGUGGGUGCUGUCACAGCAGUUCUAGGAGCUGGCACGAGAGAAAAGUGAUCCCUUUGCACUCAGUGCUGGCUGUCUUUCCCCAGAACAGCAGUAAGCAGGAACGGACUACUCUCAUAUCAUAUAACUUAGAACCUGGGUUGCUAGGGACAGAAAAGUGCAUUUUUUUUUCUUCUCUGUACUGAUUCCUUGUGACUUCUGCUUACCUGUAAACUUGGUGAGGGACUCACUGUUCACGCACCCAGAGCUGACUGGGAGGAGUGCCUGAAAGAGAGCUCUGCAGUUGCUCAGGAACUCGGGAAGAGCUAACAUAUUUAGACGAUUAAAGGAAAUAGGGCUUUUUGACUCCUUGAAGGAUUAAUUUCAUUAUGUAGUUUUCAUAUAAGGUGUUUUCUCUAAGAAAGUUCAACCAGGACACUGGUCCCCCUUGCCAGUGGGUGAUAUGAUUGAAGACCCCAGUGGGUGCCUGAAACUGCAGAUAGUACCAAAUCCUAUAUAUACUGUGUUUUUUCUUGUACAUACAUACCUAUGAUAAAGUUUAAUUUAGAAAUUAGGCUCAGUAAGAGACUUCUGAACAGCAGUAACUAAUAGAAUAAUUAUUGUAAUAAUAUACUGUAGGAAAAGUUACAUAAAUGUGGUCUCUCUGUCUAAAAAUAUCACCCUUCCUUGUCUUGUGAGGACGUGAGAUGAUGCAGUGCCCUGUGGUGAGAGGCGAGAGGUGAGUGAUGUAGGUUAGGCCACUGUGGCCUCUGACAUACACCAGAAGAGGACCGGCUGCUUGGGUGACCUGGGCCAUCGAGCCAUGAGGAUGUCAGUGGCUGCAGGUCAGGAGCAGACGGUGUGGAUGACUGACAGGCAGGCAGGGUGACAAUGCGGAGAUGCUGGACAGAGGGCUGGUUCAGGUUCUGGGCAGGCGGAGCGGGACAGGCGAGUGCUUCCCCUUCCUCUGCCCCCCACCGAGCUUCUGGGGUGGCCACCGAGCGAGUCUUGGCACUGGAGGGCAGUGCUGGCUGGGUGGCUCAUCUGAGAAUGUUCUUUCUGGUAACUCGGAUGCUUUCUUCCCAAGAUCGUCCUUCUGAGAAGCUCCAAGCACCCAUUAGAAGACGUCCCCCCGGUGAUGGUUAAGGCGGAGCAGCGGGAGAGCCAGUGUUGUUUUGGCUCAAGUCAGCUGGACAGUUUCUGUUACUGGUUUUGGCUUCCUGGUCCAUGUGAGGGGUUGGCAGGGGGGGCAUGAGAAUCGCCUUGUUUUUGCUUUGCUGUAACUGAGGAAAGGAUUAAGGAGCCAUCUGUGGCACAUGGUUGUUGCCAUAAAAAAAAAAAACUACACUUUUCCAAUAGCGUUAAGUUCGCUUCUGUUCACGUCUUUCAUAGGGCAGGUGUGUCAUGCCCACAAGCGAUUGGACCUGUGGGAGUUCUGUUGUGGGUGGUUCCCGGAACUAUGGGCGGGCGAUUUCACCCAAGGCUCCCUCUGCUUUGUGUCUUGUAGAAUGUCGUUCUCUCAGGAGGCUCCACCAUGUUCAGGGAUUUUGGACGCCGACUACAGAGGGAUUUGAAGAGAGUGGUGGAUGCUAGGCUGAGGC